UAAGUAAUAACGCGUCUCCGUCGUCAAAUUCGCAUAGGUUUUUCGUUCUUAAUUCGGCCACUUCUCUUCAUAAUUCUCAGUAAUCGUAUCAAGUAUUAAUAUAUUAUAUUUCGACGAAAUCUUUCAAACUCGUAAUGUUCGGAAUUCGUAUAAAUAUAAAUAAUUAUUAUACAUUUGUAAAUUAUAAGUAAAUACCUACCUAUAGUUUCUUUUUAUUAUUUCGUUACCGUCAAUCUUGUGAAUGAUGAAUAAUGUAAUAUUUAAUAAUAAAACCUUUGAAUCCGACUUCACACGAUCAUUGAUUAAUUAAUAUUAGCUCCUGAUUAUGUUACGACCUUAGACCUCAUAACAAUGCUACUGAUAAACGACUAUAAGUUUGAAAUAACCAGCACUGUCGCAAUCAUGUUUAUUAUUAUCAUGUACACUUCUAGUCAUGCUUUUCGUUACUUCGCCAAAUUUACCAUAUUUACAGUAUUGUCAUAUAUCUCUGCAACUGUAUUCAUACCAUUAAUGUUAUGGAAACCAAGAGACUACAGGAAUGGAUUAUUACCAGCAUGGGGUGGACGCCAAAUAUCAAAAGUAUUAGGAAUAAAAUGGGAAAUAAAGGGUAAAGAAAAUAUUGUACAAAAUUCAGGUUGUGUUGUUUUGAUCAAUCAUCAAAGUUGUUUGGAUUUAUUAGUGUUGUCUGAAAUAUAUCCAAUUAUGGAAAAAUGCACUGUAAUCUCCAAAAAAGAAAUAUUUUACUUUUGGCCUUUUGGUCUAGCAUCAUGGCUGUGGGGAACAAUAUUUAUUGACCGUCUAAAUGCAGAAAGUGCUCAGAAGACCCUUAAUAAGACUGGAGAAGCUAUUCGACAUAAACAAGCAAAGAUUUGCAUGUUUCCUGAAGGUACAAGACAUGGUGGACAAGAACUUUUGAAUUUUAAGAAAGGUGCAUUUCAUGUUGCAAUUUCAGCUCAAUGUCCUAUACAGCCAGUAGUCGUAUCUCAAUAUUUCUUUUUGGAUCAUGGAAAACGUAAAUUUGAUUCUGGUCAUACAGUCAUAACAAUAUUGCCUCCAAUACCCACUGAAGGAAUGACCAAAGAAGAUUUACCUGGUCUUAUUGAAAAAUCUAGAACUGCAAUGCAAGAAAUGUAUACAAAAUCUUCAGCAGAAGUUAAAACUAAAUAUUAUGUCAGCUAAAAUGAUAUUGUUGUUUUUGCUUCUGGUGUGAAUAACUUUAAAUAAUUUAGUGUUUAAACGUGAUUAAGUUCCACUGUGACUAUGUAUUAGCAUCAAGUUCAUAGUUAUUUGGUACUAAUAACGUGUGCUUUACAGUAUUUUUUAUUUUUUGACAAAAUAUUUUUGUUUAUUAAGACAUACAAUAUCUUAACCUGUAAACUUUAAAAUAAGGUCUUUUCAUUUUUUAAUAGCAUUUGUCACGCUUCAAAGUAAAAUUAUUCAAACUUAUAG